AUGGAACGCCUUAUUAACCAUCUCCAUGGACCGUCAUGCUUCGACGGCGACGACGUCUUCCUCACUCUGUCGUGCGGCUCGUCCUCGUCCUGCUGCUCCUCGGAAGCAGCACCAGCAGCAGGCACACCGCCGGCAAACUCACCGCCGCCAUGUGUGCUGCGUGGCCGCCGUCGCCGGCGGCGAGGGAAGCAGCAGGCGUCGUCGUCGUUCGACUGCCGGACGUGUGGGCGGGAGUUCCCGACGUUCCAGGCGCUGGGCGGCCACCGGACCAGCCACCUCAGGCGGCCGACGACGACCAAGAAGAAGACGCGGUCGUCAAAGGCGGUGCUGGUCCACGCAUGCGCGGCGUGUGGGCUGGGCUUCUCCACGGGCCAGGCCCUUGGCGGCCAUAGGAGGAGGCACCGUGGUGGGCCUAGUACUACUGCUACCGAAGAGGAGGUGGGCUGUGGUGGGCCUGCUGCUGCUGGCUGUGUUGUGGGCCUGGCACGGGUCGUCGUGCCAGAUGAGAGGCCCAGUUCGGCACAGCUGCUCGACUUGUUCGUUUAG